AUGGCCCCGCAGGCGGGAGGGAGCAAGGGCGCGAGCGGGCGGAGGGAUCCGAAGGUAUCGGCGGGCAACUUCGCCGCCUUGUCCUCGCCGGGGGAGCUCACGGGGGCGGGAGCCCGGGAGGGGGACGCAGCGGAUCCGUUGUCGCUGUCUUCAGAGUCGGCGUCGGGGCGGAGGAGCGGGGACGCGGUGGGCGCGCCGGCACACGGCGGCUGCGAGAUGGGGCUCUGCGCGGCGCAGAGCACCGGCGCCGGUGCUGGCGUGCUGCUUGUUGCGCCCACUGGAGAGCACCUCAAGUAUGUCGUACAAAUGCGCUUUCCCUGGGAGAUGUCAACUAACAACAUCGCCGAGUACGAGGGUUUGCUUGCCGAUCUCGGGAACGCGGCAGACCUCGGGGUCAGAAAGCUCAUCGUUAGGGGCGAUUCGCAGCUCGUCGUCAGGCAGAUCAACAAAGAUUACCAAAGUCCGUUGAUGGAGGCUUACGUGGAUGAAGUGAGGAAACUGGAGGAGCGCUUUGACUGUAUCCAAGCAGAACAUGUCCCUAGGGCGGAGAACGACAUUGCUGACUACCUGUCAAAGCGUCACUACAAGAGAAUUGAGAUACUGUGA